AAACACGGCUCGGAAAGCGGCGCUGUUCGCUGCCGUUCUCCCACUCUCGCCUGGCCUGACCUGACCUGACCUUAUCCACCGCCCCGACGCGACGACUGGCCGCGAGCGACGCAGCCGCAUACAGCGCGCGUGAGCCCCCCUUCCCCUCUCCCCACCACCCCGCCCCUGUUCCCCGGAAGCGCGCGAGCUGCCGCCGGAAUCAGCAGCCCGCGAAGAUGGUGGCCGCCUUCGCCGUCACUCCUUCGUCCUCCAUAUGCGGCGUCUGCAUCCCGACGGCGUGCCGUCCGGAGGCGCGGGGCGUAGUGCCGGCGCCGAGGUUCUUCCACAGCCGGAACCAAGCGAACAGACGGUCUGCAACAGCUUGGUCCUUGAAGGCCGGCCUAUGGGACUCUCUCAAAUCUGGGUUUUUAAAAACUAGCAAUAGUACAGAGACAGUAGAGCCACUAUCCACAGCACUUGAAGAAGAAGAAAUUGUACCUGAGGAAUUAGUGCUCCUAGAAAGGACACUACCUGAUGGUAGCACAGAACAGAUCUUAUUUUCUUCAGCUGGUGAUAUUGAUGUAUAUGAUCUCCAGGCCUUAUGUGACAAGGUAGGAUGGCCACGCAGACCUCUGACAAAAAUAGCGGCAUCCUUAAGAAACAGCUACUUGGUCGCCACACUACAUUCAAUAACUAGGUCUUCGGAAACAGAGGGAGAAGAGAGGAAGCAACUGAUUGGUAUGGCGCGGGCAACUUCAGACCAUGCGUUCAAUGCUACAAUCUGGGACGUCCUUGUCGAUCCUUCCUAUCAGGGUCAAGGUCUUGGUAAAACACUCAUGGAGAAAGUGAUCCGCACUCUGCUCCAGAGGGACAUCAGCAACAUCACACUCUUUGCAGACAGUAAAGUGGUGGACUUCUACAAGAACAUGGGGUUCGAAGCCGACCCCCAGGGCAUCAAGGGCAUGUUCUGGUACCCCAGAGUUUAGCACCGGUGGCGGCCCGGGCACCCGUCUCGUUUCCGCAAGAGCGACGUCCUACGACCGGCACAGUUUGCUCCAGUGCAGAAGAAUAUUGCCAGGAGCUGAGCUGUGUAUAACAGUGACUCAAGGGGUCGAUGGCUUGAUACGAUUUGCAACAUCUGGUGCGACCUGCUGUCCCAAGUCGUGUUGGUCUGUAUUGUAACAGCUAGGAAAGUAAAGUAUCGCUGUUUUCGUACUGCGAAGGAGACGGCCACACCGAACAUUGUUAUACCGUGGAAGUCAAGAAAUUGCUCUUCCAAUCAA